AUGGGAGACCUCAGAUUCGACUCCAGCUAUUUCGGGAAGGACCGGGGUGUCGUCAAGUUGGCCUUGAUAAUUCUUGGCCUCGUCGCCUGCUCGGUUUUAUGUGCCAAUUGGUGGGUUUUUUUCCAGAAAUACUGGUUAUGAAAUUCGAUUUCUUAAAGUUGAUCAAUGUCCCCCCUCGCACUGUGCAAUGUUUGUAAACAAGUUUCGUACAGUUUCCAGAUAAUAUUAGAAGACACGGUGCAUUUUUUACGGAAUGUUCGGCGAUUCAUGAAAUUUGACUUUGAAAAACUCAAUUCUUGUCGAAUAAUCAGACAUUGGACGGUAAAUUUGAGCGUAAUGCACAGUGCAGAGGACAUUUUCUAUCAACAAAAACUCAGGAUCCUUUGUCUUUAAAAUUUUUUUUUCGGCGCGGCCAUUGAGCCUGUUUGGGCCGGUCCGUGAGUGAGCACAGUUGAAAAAGCUCUGACCCGGUUCUUGAUCCACCUUUGACUAAAAAAAUUUUUUGUGCACUGUGCGACCAAAGGUUUAUUUUGUGAAUUUGUAGGUACGGCACUAGCUGUUUCGGCGAAGGCCGUUUGGGAUACGCAAGUGGAUUGAACUUUAUCUUCUUGAUCAUCAACAUUGGUGAGCGCCCCUUGCCCUUUAACGGACCUUACUUUAGUUUCCUUUAUCCUCAACCUGCUCAGUUUUAAGCACGGGAAGUUUGAGCACUUGUACUCAGCGAUCGCGGCCAUUCUUUUCGCUGUCGCUGCUGGAUUAUUAAUCUGGUACUUGAUUACCGCGCGGUAUUGGGACACCUGGUUGAUCGUGGCUACCGUAAGUUUAAUAUAUAAUAGUACCUUAACAUAAUGUAAUGUACAAUAUUCAGGUAGUGAUCGUGAUUCAAUUCAUUCUAUAUUUAUGGGACUUCCGAGCAACAAAAGAGUACCAAGGCCAUCUGCCCAUCUAA